AACUGACACUGACAACAAAGCGCAUACCAAAAACUUGGCCUUUACCUUCCCGCCGUAUAUCACUACUGAGGACACCGUCGCUCCUUUGAAGUUUGCACGACGUGGGAAAUAAUCCUGCAGCACACUCGCGAAACAUCUCCGUUCACUCACUUGCUGCCCGCACCAAACAAUCACCAUGUGGCCCUUCGACAUGGUCGACUGGGUGAUGCUCACCGUCCCCUUUGCCUACAUUGGUAUCCUCGCCGGUUCUUUUGCCGUCUUCACAAAUCUCUACAAGAAGCGCCAGGCUGCCAACGCCGCCUCGCUCGAACCCUGGUUCCCCACACAUCUCCAGCGCAAUGUCUACCUGUCUCUACUACACAUGGAGGAUCCCAAGGCACCAGACAGCGUCCUAAAGGCUGCCUUGUUGCGCCGCGCGACUGAAGACAUUCACCGCAUAGUACAGGUCAGGAAUGCGAAGCAAGCACUCCAAGUACUGUUGCAGCGGGGCAGUGUGGGCGAUGAUUUGUGGCAACGGUUCCAGAGGGCGGAGAAGGAAAUCGAGGAAGAACUCAGAGAUGUCGUCAACGAGGCCAACGCAUUCGCCCCCAACUGGGGCCAGACUAUCUUCCAAUCAGCUUCUGAAAUGGCGCAGAACAACCACAUCCGUGAGCGUCUGGCCGAGAUCACAGCAAAGGCACCCGCGGAGAAGGAGUGGUGGGAGAAGCGCAAAGCUACCAUUCAGUCCGAGUUCAUGAAGGAGCUAGAGGACGAGAAGGUGAAGAGCGACGAGGAGGGUGUCAUGGUGGAGAAGGCUGGAGCCAAGAAGGCUUAGCGUUGAGUGACGGCGGAUGCUUCGCGGUACUUCAGGUUCUACUUUGGGCCCCAGUCUAGGGUAAUUCGGGCGUGGGUAUGGCGUUCUCAGCAUUCGAGGCGUAUUGUUAGAUGGGUGCCGGUUAGCUGCAUCAGAGGCGUUUAUUCCUUGUAUAAACUUGAUCAACGCUUUAUCGCUGUUUAUGAACUUGUUCAAAUGCUAAAUUGAUUGCAGUGCU